UGAAGGGGACUCACCUGGUUGCUACGAAGAGCACAGUUUUAAUAUUUUAAUUGGUCACCAAGCAUCUUCAUGCCGUCCAACACUACCACACUGCCACCAUCAGAGGACCCCACUACACACAUGGACUCGUGUGAGAUGGCCCCCCCCACACCCCCAGAGGAAGUUGACCCCUCCCCUCGCAGGAAACGUGGCCGGCGGAAAAUGGAGCCUCUGGAGCCGAAGGACCCCAACAUGGAGGCUGAGACGCAGGCCAACCAAGAGGCUGUGAUGAGCGUGAUGGAGGACCUAUCAGAGCCAGAGUUUCAGAAGGAGGAGGAGCCAGCAGCCAGUUUAGCCACUCCCACACCCCAGCAACACACAGACCCUGCCUCUCCCACCAUCGCCAUGACGCCAGAGCCUGUUGCCAGGGGCCACCAGGCCACACCCAGAGAUUCAGAGUACAAGGAUGGUAGAGGGUUUGGUGGCGAGCAAGCGUGCCGGCAGGCCUCUCCCCUCUUGUGAUGGUGGUGAUGAUGCAGAGGGUGGGGGGGCGGAGCUACAGAAGCAGAACAGGAAGUUGAUAGAAUGGGCCAUGACAGGCUUCCUGCCCAGCGGACCUCAGAGUCUGGACCCCCCUGAUGAGGAGAGACACCCAUAUAAGGACGUGUAUCCUGAGAUGUGGGUGGAGCCAGAGGAAGCUUACACCCCACCCCCUCCGACCAAGAGGCCCCGCAAGAACGUUGCUGAGAAACCCAAGAUCAGAGAGGUCAUCGACGAGGGGACUAGAGAGAGACUCAUCCAAGAGAUCAGACAGAAGACCAGGAACAUGGAAG